CGUCUGGCCGCGCAGUGUGGAAAACACACGAGAAAGUGGGGAUUCGCGAAGUUCAGUACGAGUUAAACGUUUACGCUGCUUUAAAGAAUCAGAUCUGUUAACGAAUCUCGUCGAGGUUAAUUAAUAUUUAAUAUUAAUCAUUUCCAAAUGCGGGAAAGCUGACAAGUACACAAAAACCUUCUUGGAAAGUUUCAGCUGGCUUUUGAAAUGUCUCUCUUUCUUGUAAACAGGUAUCUCGGCGAGGAGGAAACUGAGAGUGUCCCAAAAGAAGCUCGGUCUCAGGCGCUGCUGGCCAAACUGCAGCAGAAGGCAAAAGAGAAGCUGAAACAGAGCAGGACAAAACAGGAACAGAAGAAACAGAAAGAACAGAAGGAACUGCGAGACGUGAAAAAGAAAAGAAAAGCCGACAAGAGCGGCAGCGAAGAGCCUCAACGGCACAAGAAGAGGAAAUCGGAAGAUGUGCCUUCGUUUGAUUCGGACUCCGUUGAGCCCGAUGAGCCCGUUGAAGAGGCAAAGAAGGACAAGACGGGUGCAAGUGAGAAACAGAAGAAGAAGAAGAAGAAUGAGGUUCAGUCAGGCAGUUCAGUUAAAGGUCUGCCGGACGCUCCCGUGACCGGAAGAGAAGGACAGGAGGUCCCAAAAGGAGUAGGAGGAGGAGGAGGAGGAGGAGGAGGAGAAGAAGAAGAAGAAGAAGAAGAAGAAGAAGAAGAAGAAGAAGAGGGAGAGACGGAGACAGAAAAUGCGACGCUAAAACCAACCCCGGGGAAGACCUCUGCUCCGACUGGUUUCACGAUUCUGGGAGGAUUCGAGAACAAGCCUGUCCAGAAGGUACACAGAGUCCUGCCUCAGUGGCUCGCUCAGCCUGAUGUGAUUCACAGAGACAUUAAAAGCAAUCUGUUCCCCGUCUCUGACAUCCCGGGACUUUCUGCUCCGCUUGUGAAAAAACUGCAAAACAACGGAAUUCAGCACCUUUUUCCAGUGCAAGCAGAGGUCAUCCCGGCCAUCUUGGAGAGCGCACAGCAGGGGCUGCUGAUUGGACGAGGCGGCUACAAGCCCAGAGACAUUUGUGUGUCCGCGCCAACCGGCAGCGGCAAGACUCUCGCGUUCGUCAUACCGGUCAUACAGGUGCUGACGGAGCGGGUGGUGUGUGAAGUUCGAGCGUUGGCCGUGUUGCCGACCAAAGAGCUCGCCCAGCAGGUGUGCAAGGUGUUCAGGUCGUACGCGGAGGGGGGAACCUCUCUCAACGUGGUGAUGCUGGCCGGUCACAAGUCCUUUGCCGCGGAGCAGGCGUCGCUCUCCGAACUCAGAGGGGGCACGAGACGCAGUUUAGCCGACAUCGUCGUCGCCACUCCGGGUCGACUGGUCGAUCACAUCAACAGGGAUUCGGGCUUAAGUCUGGAGCACCUCAGGUUUCUUAUUAUUGACGAGGCUGACAGGAUGAUUGACAGCAUGCACCAGUCUUGGCUCAGUCAGGUGGUGAAGGCGGUGUACAGAUCAGGAGGCGGUGCAGGCGCCGUCUCCAUCUUCAGGCGGAUUGAGCCGGCAUAUGUCACAGCGGCCAGUCUGUCUCCGCCUCAGAUGCCGCUGCAGAAGCUGCUGUUUUCGGCCACGCUGACACAGAACCCGGAGAAGCUCCAGCAGCUGGGCCUCCACCAGCCCAGACUCUUCAGCUCCAUCCACAGUCACUCCGGCACCCCCACCCGGACGCAAGGCGGCUACGACUUCCCGCAAGGGCUGACGGAGUAUUACGUGCCCUGUACGUUGAGCAAGAAGCCCCUCCUCAUCCUCCACUUCCUCCUGCGCUUGAAGCUCAGCCCCAUCCUCUGUUUCACCAACUCCAGAGAGACGGCACACAGACUUUAUCUGCUGGUGCAGCUCUUCGGUGGAGUUCAGGCCGCCGAGUUCUCCUCCCGACUUUCCCCGGCUGAGAGGAAGAAGACGCUGAAGGAAUUUGAACAAGGGAAGAUCCAACUGAUGAUCAGCACGGACGCAGCUGCCAGAGGCAUCGACGUGGCCGGGAUCAAAUGUGUGGUGAAUUACGACGCGCCGCAGUACAUCAGGACGUACAUCCACAGGAUCGGACGAACAGCAAGAGCAGGGAAAACGGGCAUGGCCUUCACCUUUCUGCUGGGAGUUCAGGAGAAGAACUUCCUCCAAAUGGUGGAGGAAGCAGGAACCCCCGGGAUUCAAAAGCAGAUCGUUAAACCGCAGAACCUGAAGGUUAUGGAAGCCCGAUAUGAACAAACGCUGCAGGAGCUGGCCAACGCCAUCAAGGAAGAGAAAUACCAAUGACUGCGCUUCACGAAAGACCGAAUUUUAUUUUAUUUUAUUUUCAGCCGUACUUAUUUAUGUUGUUUAAUAAAACAUAAAGUCUGGGUGUGUUGAAGCUGGUGAUUUUAAAGAUCUUUUUUUAAUUUGGAUUAUCCAUUUGAUGCGUCUUGGAUUAAUAAAUAUUAUUAAUUAAUUAAUAAAUGUAAUUAAAA